AUGGGGGGGCAGCGGGGGCCGCUGACCAGACAGCUUGUACAUGUAGCUUUGCUGAAGCAAGAACCAGGAGCAUCAUUCAGCCUUGGUGACAUUUCUGAGCUCUGUGUCUACUCAUCUGGUGAACCGUUUGUUAGUGAUGACAUGAACUACGCCAUCACUGUCUCUUUUACAUCUACACACCCCGGAUUGUACGAACAGUGGUUUGUGCUGGAUUUUGACAUGAGACCAGUGCUCCUAAAGAAGCUCAGAGUAAGGGUGGGCCAGCAGUUAAAACAUGACAUUGAACAGCCAGUCUCAAAUCCUGGAGCCACUCUGCAAAGUGCAGAACGUUGGCAUCGAGGGAACAGGAUUGUGAUCCCAUGUUCAUUCAGGACAGAGGAACAGGAGGAGCUGUUAAAGAAGUACAAGUCUCCACAGAUGAACAUUUCUUACAAAUCUUCUUGCAACAAACACACACCACUGACCCCAGACAACUACAAAGAAAGGAUGCACCAGUUCCUUUAUGAUGAAGAGCUAGCCGAAGACCAAAUUAUCUCCAGGCUAAAUGUUUGUGGAGGUAUUACAACAAUGGAUAUGUUGAACAGCCCACAGUUUGGCAUGAACUUUGCUCCUCCAAGAGAAUUGUUCUGUACUGUCUCAAUUCCUCAUACCCUCACAGUUGACAGUCUUGAGGGGCUGGUACUGAAACGAAGUAUCCAGUCAGGCCUGAUAGCUCCGCUGAACUCAAGUCAUCCAAACUCCAAGGUUUAUGAAGCCAGCAUUCUGCGGCACAGAACAAGUGAAAACCAAAUCAUUUUACAGCUGCCUAAACAGUGCUGUUCUGAUCUUGCUCUCAAAAGCAAUGAAUCGUAUCAGAUGGAGGUGCAGUUUCAGCUGGACCGCUAUAGGUUCUGCACCCUGCAUAAAGCUGUAGACCUCCUUCCAGAUACAACCAAAGUUCUGCCUGACCUCAUAAACUGUGGUCUUCCUGUCAGCACUGUCACUUUUGAGAACCUGAACACGAAGCAGCAGUCAGCAGUUCGUUUUAUUAUGGGAGACUGCAACUGGAAAAAGUCUAUGGCACCUCUCCUCAUUUAUGGACCUUUUGGAACUGGAAAAACUUUCACCCUGGCUACAGCAGCCAGAGAACUUUGUAAGCAGCCUCAGAACAAAGUGCUGAUUUGCACCCACACUAACAGUUCUGCAGACCUGUAUGUCAGAGAUCACUUCCAUCCACUUAUCAGCAAGAAAAACAAUGAACUGAGACCAAUACGAAUAAAAGCAAACAAACAAGGCAGUGCUGUUUUUGUCACAGAUGAGAUUACCUUAAAAUACAGUUUUCUUUCAGAAGAUAAAAAGAAUUUCUUGCCACCUACAAAAGCUGUCAUGGAUGAGCACAAUGUAGUCAUAACUACCACAUCAAUGGCCCAACAUUUUCAUGAUCUAAAGCUUGCAGAGGGAUACUUCACUCACAUUUUAAUUGAUGAAGCAUCACAAAUGCUAGAAUGUGAAGCUCUCUCGGCUCUCAGUCUUGCAGGGCCAAACACCAGAGUCGUUUUCGCUGGAGAUCACAUGCAAAUGGGUCCCCAGCUCUUCUCCGUGGAUGAUCAUCAUCGUUCAGAUUACACACUCCUUACUCGCCUGUUCCAUUACUAUCAAAGUCAAAAGUGUGAUGUUGCCCAAAGAAGCAGGAUCAUUUUUAGUGAGAACUACCGCUCAACCAAAGAAAUUGUGGAAUUUGUGUCGACUCAUUUUUAUGUUGGUAAAAAUGAUGUCAUUGAAGCUUCUGGAAAUAUUCCAGCUCCUCAAAACGGCCAUGCCUUGAAGUUCCACCACAUUAGGGGAGACUGCCACUUGGACACUGAGUCUAUGUCUUGGUAUAACAACCAAGAGGUCACUGAAGUGGUUCAAGUAGUGAAGGACAUUCUCCAAAACUGGCCAUCAACCUGGGGCACCAAGAACCUAAGUUCCAUUUGUGUUCUGUCCGAAGGUUCUCAGGUUCGACAAAUAAGAACAGUACUUUCAAGGAAAAAACUAUCUCAAGUCAAUGUUGAAACUCUUGCAAACGUGCAAGGCAAACAGUUCAGGGCAGUCAUAAUGACAGCUGUGCAAACACGUGACAGCCUCAAAGUGUCAAACCUGUCUGGUUUGCCGCUGUUCAAUGAUGCCCGUGUGCUGAAUACUGCAAUGACUAGAGCUCAGUCUCAGGUGGUUGUAGUUGGAGAUGCUGCUGCACUCUGUUGUUUUGGAAAGUGCUCAAGAAUCUGGAAGAGCUUUAUAGACCACUGCAUCAAUAAUAACAAUGUUGCAGCACAGCAUUACACCAAAGAUUUCUUUGAGAAAGAUGUAAUGGAAACUGCCAGGUUCCAAAGGGUUGAAGAUGUGGAUGAGAGCAACAUUCUCACUGAUGCAAUUCUGCAAGAGUUAAAAGAUGAAUAUGCACAGCUGAAAACAGAAUAUAGUUCAGAUGAAGAAAGUUUGGAAUUAAAAGAAUCAAAUCACUGGAAGUCGAGUGAGACGUACAAAGGGUCUACUAAUCCAAAUAUUCUCUUGGAGUUGUGUGAAAAACAACCAACAAUGUACAAGAGAGGAAAGUUUGUCAAGGAGUCAUGUCAAAAAGGCUACAUCAUACCAUUUCAGGAACCCUCCAGCCAAAUAAAAAUUAAAGGAAGAUCAAAUGUGGGGAAGGCAUUCACUGGAGAUGAAGUGGUCAUACAAACAGCAAAAGUGGAUCAAACAGCUAGGGUUAUUGGUGUUGUCAAGACAGAAGAGUCUGCCCGUAAAUUUGUAUGUUUUCUUGAGGAAGAAGACCACAACAAGCAAAGACAGGUUUACUCUAGUAAUUUCUUAAGAAGAAUUAUGAGACCUAUCAAAAAAAGUGUGCCCAAAAUAUGCAUUAUGAUCAACAAAAAAAGACGCAACUUCAUUCCAAUAUGGGAACAAACUGACGGGUCCUGGACACAGAUCGAUUUGAAGGAUCUAAAAGAAGUUCAAAACUGUGUAUUUCAAGUGCAAGUGAUUGGUUGGAAGGAGCAAUGCUUUUUUCCACUGGGGAAUGUCACUGGUGUUCUCCCAAACACAGGUCCUUUGAAUGACAGACUUUGGCUCCUGAAAGAGCAAUUUGAUGUUUCAGAUACUUUUUUGGGAACACAUGAUGGUCUCUUCAAAGCAGAUGAAGAUAAUGCACAAAGAAAGGAUGAAUUACAGGCAGUCACAUUCACUGUUGAUCCAGCAGGAGCAGAAGAUUUGGAUGAUGCCAUCAGCAUUAGGGAUAUUGGAACCAAUUAUGAGUUGGGAAUCCAUAUUUCUGAUGUGGCAAGUUUUGUGAUGCCACAUAGUAAAUUAGAUAUGGAUGCAAAAGAACAUGGAUGCACACAUUAUCCUACGGGACAAAAACCCAUUCACAUGUUCCCUCAAGAGUUGAGCACAGACCACUUCAGUCUUAAGCAAGAUGAGAUACGUAGGGUGGUUUCUCUGAUGUUCGAAGUGGAAAAAGAGACUAAUAAGAUUAUGGGAAAGAGAUUUCAGCUUUCUCAAAUCAAAUCCAGCAAGCAGAUGACAUAUGAAGAAGCAGAAGAGAUCAUUACUAAAAGAUAUAAAGAGAAGUCCAAAUUCAAUGCAGUGGAGGACUGUGUCACUGUGGCCUAUUGUUUUGCGAAAGCUCAAAGGAAGGCCAGACUUGUUGACUGGGCUUAUUCUCAGUCUGAUAAAGACAGAUUGCCUGGAAAACGUAAAGCCCAUUUGAUGAUCGAAGAACUGAGUGUGUUGUUCAACAGAUAUGCCUCAGAAACCUUGGUCAGUUCCAACUACACCAUGUCUCACACACCACUUCGCUGUCAGGGAAGCCCACAUCCUGAGAAGUUGGAAGAAUUCAAGGAGAAAUGUAAAGAAUUAAUACCCUUGUCUUUUCAUGUGCGGCACAAAGUUGACCAUGACAGACAACCUCCAACCUUUCAAAGUUUUCGCCUCCUCAAAGAAGUGUGGAAAGAUAUUCUGUCAUCAGCCAGAGCAGAUGAUACAGAUAAAAUGGUGGACCUGGUGGCUGCAGAUGACAUUCACCCUGCGCUCCAAACAGUCAUUGAUCAGUUCAAACGCUGCUGCACAAAGUCCUAUGUUGUCCGCUCAAACAACUCACUCGAAGCAAAAGCAGGGCAUUAUUCUCUCAGCUUGCCAAGUUACACACAGGCUUCCUCGCCUAUAAGGAGAUACAUGGAUCUCAUUUUGCAGAGACUUUUGCACUCUGCCAUUUGUAACAAGAGUCACUGCUACACUCGAGACGAGAUCACAGAUUUGUGCCGUCAGUUUGAGGAAACUCAACAGAAAAGCAGAGAAUUCGAAAAACGUGCAGAUCAGAACUUUUAUGCAGUGAGCACAAAAAAGCAGAGUGCACCAAAGCUAGCCUUAGUUGUGCAUGUAGAUCAGGAAGAAGAUUGUUUUAAAGUGUCAUUUCCUUUUAACAGGGACAUAUUUCCUUUGAGUUUAUCAAUCAUGUACAAAGAAUUACAACUAGAGGACCAGCCAAUCAACAACAAAGAAAAUAAUGUCAUCACUCUCAAAUGGAAAAGACGGAUCUAUGCAGUUGACUCGAUGCAAAUCCACCAAGAAAUUAAUAUGAUGCCAGACAGUGGUCCCUGCAUUGAACUUCCAUUUUCAAUAUGGAAUUCUGUAAUUGAAGCAAUUGAAAAUGGAAACAUAGAUCAUGCAAAGCUCCUUUUAAUGGGUGUUGAAACACAGGAAAUAGUUUCUCCACAACCAUUAAUACCUCUUGUUUCCCAAACUAACACAUGCAUAUCUGAAGUACGAGACAAACAAUGUGAACACUGGGCUGACAUUUUUCUUCAUCUACACUCAGGCAACACCAUUCAGGUGCAAAUGACAUCAGAAAUGAAUAGAGGUUUCCUCAUGCCCAUUGUUCAGUUGGUGCACAUCAAACCAAAAUUUGAGAUCUGUGUUGAUCACGUCCACAGCCCGAUCAAAUGCUUUUGUCAAGCUGCAAAUGAGCCAUCAAUGGUUGAGUAUAUGGACAUAGAGCAUUAUAUCUGGAUUUGGGAACCACUCUGCAAGAUGGAAUCUGCUGCCAAUGUGGUUGAUGAAAGUGACAGCAUUAUAAUCGAGAACCUGGUGGUAAGCUUUAAACAGAAACAGAAAGGCAAACUAACAGGAGAGUUCUUUUUACAUCAGGAGUGGAUCAAGGAGUGGGCUAUCGAUUGCAACCUUGCUCAAUGCUUACUGUGCAUACGAAAAAGAGGCCUAAAGAUGCUUUCAGAUAUUCCCUCAGAACAUUUUGCUUUAGUGGACCCAAAAGUGUUUGUGUGGGUGGCCCAUGGCUUUACAACCAACAUAGAUGACAGAGAAAAAAAUGGAACGAAAGUGGAGUUCUACAUCAACCACCUUCCAAUGGAAACCAUUCCUAAUUGUGUUUUUCAGAAAAACACUUGUUUCACUGUUGAAAUAAUUCCAAAGUUUAUUCCUGACAUUCGAAAAGAAAGUGCUGUGUGCAGUUUAAAUAAAGCAUGUGAACUUGUUAAGAAAAUAGCACUUGGAAAGAACAUUCCAAAAAGGGUUUCAAGAACAGUGUUACCAGCUGAACUACCAAAGCUUAAUGACAGUCAGUGUCAUGCUGUGGCAACCGCUCUAAACAGCACCUUCACUCUUAUACAGGGACCACCUGGAACUGGGAAGACAGUAGUAGGUGUUUACAUAGUGUACUGGUUUUUUAAUCAGAACUCUAGAAAACAAAGAAAGUUUGACAAUCCAAAGGACAAAAACAAAAAAGAAGUUAUUCUCUACUGUGGUCCAUCCAACAAGUCUGUUGAUGUCGUUGCAGAGUUCUUGAUGAAGUUUAAAGAGAGCUUUAGGAUCCUCAGGGUAUACAGCCAGCAAGUGGAGACACUCGAAUACCCUUACCCAAACAGCACCUUGCAGUUUUCCUCAAAGAUCCUUCGCCAAGAUUGCUCCAAGCCAGAGCUCAGGAGCAUCACUCUGCAUCACCGCAUGCGAGAGCACCCAAACCCUAAUGCAGUUGAAAUAAAGAGAUUUGAUGAACGAAUUAGAAAUGGAGAAGACUUGAGUGCUAAAGAAGUAAAAGAGUACAAACAACUCCUCAAAGAGGCUCGGAAACAUGAGCUCAAACAGCAUGACAUCAUACUGUGCACGUGCACACAAUCAUCCACACCCAGCCUGAUUUCCUUAGUCAGUGCACGUCAGAUCCUGAUUGAUGAAUGUGCAAUGGCCACUGAACCCCAAGCCCUGAUUCCUUUAGUCUUCAACCAACCAGAGCAGAUUGUUUUGAUUGGGGACCACAAACAGCUACGGCCAAUCGUGAAGAAUAAGGACGUGAAGAAACUUGGAAUGGCAACGUCCCUUUUUGAGCGCUACUACACUAAACUCCAUGAAAACAGAGCUGUGAUGCUGGACACCCAGUACCGGAUGCACGAGGACAUCUGUGCGUUCCCAUCAGAAGAAUUUUAUGAUAACAAGCUGAAGACUGGCGUGGAGCAGCCGAGCAGCGUCCUGCGUGUCGACGACAGGCCAAUGCCAGUCGUCUUUGGGCAUAUCGAAGGAGAGACUCUCUUUCUGGUGGUGAAGACUGCCAAGGGCAACUACAACUCCAAAGUCAACCAUAAGGAGAAAGACAAAGUGGUACAGAUUGCUGAAAUGCUUGUGAAAAAAGCAAAAGUAGAGGAGAAAAGCAUCGUUGUUCUGUCGCCCUAUAAUGCCCAAGUGUCAGAAAUCCGCGAGGAGCUGAAAAAGAUGGAUUUAGGACAAAUCACAGUAACUACAGUCACAAAAAGCCAAGGGAGUGAAUGGCAAUACGUCAUUUUAUCAACUGUGUGCUCACUGCCAAGCAAAGAAGUCAUGAGCGAACCAGAGGGCGCCUGGUUGUCCAAACAUAUAGGCUCUGUGGGAGACCCCAAUCAAAUAAACGUUUCCAUCACCAGGGCCAAGGAAGGUCUCUGCAUCAUCGGAAACCAAGAGCUGCUCAGGUGUAACAGAACGUGGAACGACCUCCUGAGGAACUACACUCGUCACAACGCAGUGACAGAUGCACACAAGAUUUCAGUUCACCAAAAAACCUAA